AUGCCACAAAUAGAAAACAUCAUAGUAAAUACUUACCAAAGGGCAUUAUAUUUUUCACUACAAGUAAACUUUACCUUCCUUUUACAUCAUCAACUAUUAAAUCAAAAUAAAGCUCUUGCAAUUGCAUUUGUUAAUAACAAUUAUUAUGUGGCUAUAACUUUAAAGCCUGGUGCUCCUGUAUCCCAAUUAUUAAUCAAUAGUCACAAUUUGCAACUUCAGAAUCAUUAUGAUAGAAGCUGUGAUGCAGAUACUGAGAUGAAGUGGGUAAAAAAGAUACCACAUGAAUCCCAAUGCCCGUAUGAAUCCCAAUUGCCGUAUGAAUCACAAAGAAAUUUUGCCUUUGAAUGGGUUGGGCGAAUUAGCGCCAUCCCGCCGUUUCUUCGUAGUGCCAAAAACGAAAAUUUAAAUUUCCUCAAACUUAAUCACGUGAGAAACAAUUAA